AUGGAUAAAACCGAUGUCGAUCUAACAAACACUACUAUAUUCAUUAUCAUUUACGCGAUUUUUAUGAAGAAACUGAUUUUUCCGGGUGUCGGCGCAUUCGGUAGCGCGAUGGAGUCCUUGGUAUCCAAAGAUUACUCGGAACCCCUAAAACAAUACAUCUCAUCGGGUAAACCAUUCAUGGGGAUAUGUGUCGGCAUGCAGACUCUGUUCGAUCACUCCGAGGAAAAUCCUCAGAUUCCUGGAUUAGGCGUUAUUCCGGGUACCGUGAAACUUUUUAAUAAAUCGGACAAAUCAGUACCGCACAUGGGGUGGAACGAGACAUCCCUCCUCAGGGCAAUCAAAGGUGGUGAUGAAGAACAACACCGAGAAUUCCAACACGGCAUCCGAGAAGGAUCGGUUUACUACUUUGUUCACUCCUACGCAGUUCCCUAUUCCGAUGAACUCAAAGAAUGGGCCCUCUCGACCACUCAGUAUGGUAAGGAAAUAUUUGUAAGUGCAAUUCAAAAAGACAAUAUUUUGGCCACACAAUUUCAUCCCGAAAAGAGCGGAUACGCGGGCCUACAAAUUCUGAGAUCUUUCCUACAAAGAGGUGACAUAUUAAACACCUCUGAUCAAAAAGUAAUAAUAAAAAAUCCGGAAUUAUUAUUGCAAGAUCGCUUCACCAAAAGAAUAAUCGCAUGCUUAGAUGUAAGGACCAAUGAUCAAGGGGAUUUGGUAGUAACGAAAGGGGAUCAAUACGACGUACGUGAACGUAAUAACACAGACACUUCAGGACAGGUUCGUAAUCUAGGAAAACCUGUUGAUCUUGCGUGUCGAUAUUUUGAGGAGGGCGCAGACGAAAUUACAUUUUUGAAUAUUACGAGUUUUCGCAAUUGCCCCCUGACCGAUUUACCCAUGUUGGAAAUUCUGAAGCUCACAUCCGAAACAGUUUUCGUCCCAUUAACGAUUGGCGGAGGUAUCAGAGAUUUCACUGACCCCGAUGGUAAAAUUCACACCGCACUCGAAGUAGCCGGUGAAUAUUUUAGGUCUGGUGCGGAUAAAGUCUCAAUUGGUAGUGACGCGGUAUACGCCGUGGAAAAAUACUUGUCCAACAAUUCGAAAUUAUCAGGCGACACUGCUAUUGAAACCAUUGCUCGUGCCUAUGGAUCUCAGGCAGUCGUGAUAUCCGUGGAUCCAAGGCGUAUCUAUGUUAAAUCUCCGAGUGAUGCGCCGGGUCACCACGUAAUCCCUACGAAAUAUCCGGGUCCGAGCGGUGAAACAUGGUGUUGGUAUCAAUGUACCGUAAAAGGUGGUCGAGAAGGAAGGGACGUUGACGUUUUUCAAUUGGUAACCGCGUGUGAAGCUAUGGGUGCCGGAGAAAUACUUCUUAAUUGUAUGGAUAAAGAUGGUACAAAUUCUGGGUAUGAUCUUGAGUUGAUAAAGGAUGUUAAAAUGGCCGUCAAGAUUCCGGUUAUUGCUUCAAGUGGUGCCGGUAGGGUGGAGCAUUUUUCCGAAGUGUUUUCUGAAACUGGAGUAGAGGCCGCCCUUGCGGCUGGCAUAUUUCAUCGACGUGAG